AUGGCAGAGCAUAUCGCUUACUUCCAAGCAAGCAAAGGUCAUUAUGCUUCCAGGCUGGAGGCUCAACAAAACUACUGCUGCAUAGCCUCCCAAAGACACGGACCAAACGUCACUAGCAUGAAGGAACAUCAACAGUUGCGAAUGAUGGAUUUAGAUGCCGAUGGUGAAGCCUCCACAGAUACAAGCAAUGCCAUUGUGGGGUGCAAUUCAUCCUCCGAUUCGUCGUCCGCGUUUUCACUGAACAUUCCGACCUCAUACUACGACAAACGAUGGAUCAAGGCUGCGUCACUCAUGAGAACUGAUCCAUCUCUCGUGACAGGGAAUAUUUUGAUUUCGGCGCUCAAGAACAAGGCGCCUAUCAACGCUAUCAAGUUCUUCUUGAGUGUCAACCCAAAGGCGGCGGGAAUCCCUAAGGAAGGACCCACGCCGCUACAGGUGGCAGUGCAACACAAUGCAUCCAAGGAAGUUAUUAGAGAGUUGAUUGUGGCAUGCCCGUUUGCACUCAUUGUUACAACCAGUGCCGAAUGGCUUGAUCCACUAUCGUAUGCUCGCCGUUACAGGUCCUCAGAGACAGACUUGAUCGCACUCCUCAGUCGACCAUUGGGUAGCUGGAUUCAUCCCAACCACAGCGACGGAGCCGUACAUAAAAAAGCUGACGCUCGUGCCACGUCCGCGAGGACAGUACCAGCGCCCGCAAUGCAAUUCUUGAAAAAGGCCAAACAAAGCGAGAAAACGAGUUUGUUCUCCGCUGAGGAUAAGGAGGAAUUGCAAAACGUGAAGCAGCUGUGCCUCUCCGUGAUGAAGGGUCAGAAACGGCUAGUGCGGGAAGUUGGACGAGUCAAGGAUAGCGUCGAGCGAAACACCGCAGUUGGCGAAACCGAUAUAGAUGGCAGCGCUGCGGGGACCAUUCAUGACAUGCAAGAAGUGUCCAUCUUUGAUAUCGAAGAACUCGGAAACAGCCAGCAACGGAACUUGAGGACCCAUCUGAUCGCCCUUGACAUGAAAGAACAAGCUAUGAGGGCAUAUGUCCAUCAAAUGGAGGAUAAGAUACUCCAGUCGUUGCAGGUCACAAAGCAGGAGUACGUGGCCGAAAAGUCCUAUGAAGAUGCUUUUCGAGGGCUUCGCGACGACCUGCACAAUGCAGCCCGCCGAAUGGACGAGUUUGUAGGCACCUUGGAACACCGCAUGACAGAUGUUGAAGUGCGACUGGAUCAUGAAGCCAACGUCAACGCUACCUUUCGAAAUGGAUUGCAGCAUCAUUUGGGUAUAAACUCUGGAGAACAGGAGGGAUUCGAGGUGAUUUCGGUCGUUGAGAACACACCAUUGGUCUUUGCAACGCCUUAUCAGAAGCCACCAAAGGAUGAUGCAGUGGACGUUCCCCUUUGCCCAAAGGAAGAAGCUCCUGAAAAGCAUCCAAAAUCUUGCCUUUGGCCCCGCUUUCUCACUCGGCGUCGCAAUCCACCCCAUAGCCUCACCUAG